AUGCAAUCGUUAUUUGCGCGAACUGAAGAGAGACAGAGUGAGCAGAAAAAGAGUUGGGACAAGGUAAAAGAUGGACAUAUUUACAUUGCAGAUGUUGCAGUUCGUCUGCAAGAGAGGAUGCGACGGAAUGGGUUUGCAUUGAUACUAGUGUCGAGAGAAGCGAAGGCGGAAAUGAAGGAGAGAGGCUAUAUUUGGACAGCAGUGACUGUCACGGUGUUGGACAGGCUCCUCCUACUAUUAGAUACAGGCUCCAGUCCCUCAGUGAGGAACACCGCCGCAAAGCAGCUCGCUCAGUUAGCCGUAAAGAGCGUCAUCAGUGAUGUUACCAUUGUAGAGGACGACAUUAAGGCGGGCACAAGCCGCCAUCAGAUACCCCUAAACGAUAGCCCUGCGUGGGCAGAGCUCCUGGCUGUUGUUGCAAGAAUAAUUCCAUUUUUGCAUUCAAAAUCCUACGAAUCUCGCACCGCCGCGUCCGUCGCUCUUUCCCAGAUCUUUUCCCUGGUUCCUGUAUGGGAACCAUCGUGUACCAGUGACGAGAAAAAAAAACCAGAGUCGGUACCUCUGACUGCCCCUGAUUUUCCCAAUUUCUCUGUCAAGGAGUUAAUCCUUCAAGGAAAUCUACUUCUUGCCUCGUCGGGUAAAGAAUUCGUAAAACCGGCUGGUAUAUUGUCAAGUAGUCUGGAAGUCAAAAAGGCAAAAAAAGAUGCGAUGGCGCGUUUAGGACUGGAGUUUCUUGAAGAUGAGAUGGAUUUAGAAAAAGAAUUUGCAGCAGAAAUGGACGUUGAUACUGAAGAUCCAGUCACUACGAACUCGAACGACGCCACAAUGGUUCCAAAUGCCGGAGAAUCUGCUCUUUCUUCACCAAUGGAUAUAUGCCCCCCGGAAGCAGCCUCUGCCAAAGAUCCCUCUCCCUCUACACGCUCGGUUACUCCCACUAUUCCAUCUCCAUCCACCCCAAAUAUUCCUGAGUUGGAUACUUCUGCCCUAUCUGCCCGCGAACGAAAUCGUCUGAAGCGGAAGCGGAAACCAGGCAAUUCUGCUUUCGUUGCUCCACCUCCGCAAACAUCAGGUUCUCGUUAUGCCGCAGCGGCCAGCGGAACAUCGAACAAGGCACGCCUCAUCAAUGCAGAAGAAAAGACUGCGCCAAACUCUCGUUUAUCCAGUCCGAGCUUGGGUGUUGCGGCAGAUAAAGUUGUUAUUGACCCUUCGAAAGGAGGAGCAAUCUCCCCGAAGUCUGCUAAACAGUCAAAAGCGCUUGAAGUAGAAAAUGGCGUAUGGAUAUGGGAUGGCGUAGCCAAAGUUCUAGAGGUAGACCUAUUUAGUGCGUCUUGGGAGGUUCGUCAUGGCGCUGCAAUGGCUCUACGUGAAUUACUUAAGCUGCAAGGGAAAUGCGGCGGUAUGCGCAAUGACCUUUCGCAGGAAGAAAAUGGAAUAGCUCAUGAAAAGUGGUGCAAUGACCUUGCUGCCAAAUUUCUUUGCAUAUUCGUCCUAGACAGAUUUAGUGAUUUUGUCUCCGAUCAAGUGGUUGCUCCUGUCCGAGAAACAGUGUCGCAAACUUUAGCCUCACUCCUAAUCCAUAUGCCUCAUCGCUCUCUUCUCCAUGUUCAUUCCGUUCUACUGCAAAUGAUUCGUCAGAAUUUUGUAAUUGACGAUGACAAUAAAGUAUCUAAAGACGCUGACAGACAGCACAUCUGGGAAGUCCGUCAUGCUGGCCUGCUUGGGAUCAAGUACGAAGUUGCUGUCCGCAGCGAUUUGUUUGACGAGCCUUUUGUCAAAAGCGAAGACGAGGCUGAGUUGGUUGGCGGGAAGGGAAUACUACGAGGUGUGGUUGAGGCAGCAAUUCUUGGCCUUGGAGAUCGUGAUGAUGAUGUCAGAUCGGUUGCAGCAUCGUGUUUAUUACCAGUUGCUGAACAUAUCGUUCAGCAGCUCCCCGAAUCACUGGAGGAUAUCAUGAUCGUCCUGUGGCGAUGCCUCUGCGAAAUGAAAGAUGAUCUUAGUUCAAGUGUGGGGGUUGUUAUGGAUUUACUCGGCAAACUCGUAGCAUACAAGCAAGUUAUUGAUAUACUGGCCCAAGAAAAUGUUUCACUUCCUCUUUCGACACUAGCCCAAACUCUCUUUCCCUUCUUCCGUCAUACGAUUCCCAAUGUGCGGUUAGCCGUGGUGAAAACACUUGAUUCAUUCAUGGUGGUAUCUUCUCUUCCAAAAGAUUGGGUUGCAACGCCAUUUAUGUGCCUAUUGUUCCAAAAUAUGAUAUGCGAGGAACGAGAAGAUAUCCGCGACGCUAGUAUAUCAGCCUGGCAAACAGCUUUAACUAUCUUAGCUGACUGUCCUGGAAGGAUGGAGAAUGUAGUCACUCAGAAACUGAUUUUGGAUUGGUAUUCAGUCAUGAUGACCCCCCUUGGAGGUGCCAUUGAUGUAUCAUCGUUUUACAAUCCUUCCCCUAGCCAAGAUGGCGCUGUCGCUCCCGAACGUCAUAACGUGGAUAAAAACAUGCUGACACAAGAUUUAUCUCUUAUCACAAUCGAAGUCACACUGAAGGCAAGAAUCGCAUCUGCAACUGCCCUUGCAUACCUGAUGAACUUCUGGCCAGUGAAGAGUCCAAUAGACCAAACUUUCGGGCCUAUUCUUUUGCAUUAUAUCGAAUCUUCCAGCAUGCUGCAACGUUUUCUGUCCGCGAUUGUCGCAGAAGAAUGGGCAAGGAAGUACACGGAAAAACCCAAAUCCGAAACAUCACGACCACUUCUUCUCGAAAUAUCAAUGGCAAAGGAAAUAACUCAUAAGACUCUUGCCUGGCUUCAAGGCAAUCCUCCUUUAGUUUACUAUGAGAUGGCCUUUGCGCUAAGUCGCAUCCACUCGGACUGUUCGGCUUUACUUCAAAUGUUCUCUACCGAUUGCAAACUACCUAUGUCAAGUAUCCCUUCUUUGGGCCGAGAAGUUGACGUUUCGGGGUCAAAUACAUCCCGCGACUCUUUUACGAUCAACAAGGCUCAUGAAGCCAUUGGGCCGAUUUACACGCAACUGAAAGACCGUCUUGGAAGAACCCGAAAAAAAGAGCUUUUGGCUAUGGGCGAAAAGCGACAAGCUAUCGUGGCUAACAUCGAGCGAUACAACGAGGUGAAAAUCCAACAUGAUAUACGGGUUUCUGCAGCAUUUGCUUCUGCAUUCGUCGCUUUCAAAAGUGUUCCCGAUAAGGUCAGCCCAGUAGUGAAAGGUAUCAUGAAUGGUAUCAAGAACGAAGAGAAUCCGGAUUUACAGAAACGAUCGGCUGUCGCUGUGGCAUCUUUUGUGGAAUUCUGUGUAGAGAACAAAAUUUCACAACCACCUGACAAGAUCGUGAAGAAUUUGUGCACCUUCCUUUGCCAGGAUGUUGAACAGACACCAACGUUUGCAUAUAACUGCAAAACCAUUGAUGCCAUUUUGUCAUUCCAAAUUUCGAAUGUAUCUGCAUCCACCAAGUCCGGUAAAGAUUUGGGCGGUGAAAAGGAUCGACAAGACUCUGAAAAGCAGCAAGAAGCCAAGAAAGCUCGACUAGCUAGACGAGGAGCUGGACUAGCUUUCCAACAGUUAUCUUUGAAGUUUGGCUCUCAGUUGUUGAAGGCAAUUCCGAACAUGUGGCAAUCAAUGGCUGGCGGACUGUUAAGUGCUUGCCAGACAGAAUCCCCCAAAGAAUCCGACCUCUUGAUAGAAAAACAGCACGGUCAAGACGUCAUUGAUUCUCUGAGCGUUCUUGAAGAUGUCAUACCUACAUUUCAUGAAGAGCUCUGGCCAAACCUUCAUGCCCUCUUCCCCAUGAUUGAUCUCCUCCUGCAGAGCCGUUUUGCCAUUAUCAGACAGGCUGCUGCCCGUUGCUUCGCUACCAUAUGUGACUUGAUGACUCCGGAGGCGAUGCUCUAUGUGAUUGAGAAGAUUAUUCCACUCCUGCAAGAUCCAUUGGUAUUGACGAAUCGACAAGGUGCAACAGAAUUAAUUUAUCAUAUUGUGAAUCACCUUGACAUCAAAGCUCUACCAUACGUUAUUUUUAUGGUGGUUCCUGUACUUGGAAGAAUGAGCGAUCAAAAUGAAGCUAUUCGAUCUACAGCGACCAAUGUCUUUGCUUCAUUGGUAAAAAUGGUGCCGUUAGAGGCUGGAUUACCCGAUCCACCUGGAUUCCCGGAAGAACUUCUCAAACGCCGUGAUACAGAGCGAGAAUUUCUUGGCCAACUACUGGAUGGUUCUAAAGUCGAGCAAUACAAUAUACCGGUGCCAAUUAAAGCGGAAUUGAGGAAGUACCAACAAGACGGUGUUAACUGGUUGGCAUUCCUCGCGAAAUAUCAGCUUCACGGUAUUCUUUGCGAUGAUAUGGGCCUCGGUAAAACCCUCCAAUCAAUUUGCAUUUUGGCCAGCAAACAUUUCGAAAGGGCUCAAAAAUACAAGAACACCAAAUCUCCCGACGCUGUACACCUACCGUCUCUCAUUGUCUGUCCACCUACAUUGACAGGACAUUGGUACUAUGAAAUCCAAAAAUAUACCGAUGGAUUGCGUCCUAUUUUGUACACCGGAAACUCAAGAGAACGGGCACGCCUGCUCGCAAAAUUGCCGUCGUAUGAUGUUGUAGUCACCUCCUAUGAAGUGGUACGCAACGAUAUUGCCAACCUUGAAAACAUGAAAUGGCUCUAUUGUAUCUUGGACGAAGGUCACGUAAUCAAAAACUCUAAAACAAAAUUAACAAAAGCUGUUAAAAACGUUCAAGCUCAACAUCGCCUAAUCUUAUCUGGGACCCCCAUCCAAAAUAACGUGCUUGAGUUGUGGAGUUUAUUCGACUUCCUCAUGCCUGGAUUUCUUGGUACAGAAACUUCAUUUAACGAACGCUUUGGCAAACCUAUCCUUUCGAAUAGAGAUGGAAAAUCGAAAAAUGGAGAAGCAGCUGCGUUGGCUUUGGAAGCACUUCAUAAACAAGUGCUUCCAUUUUUGUUGCGUCGGUUGAAAGAAGAUGUUCUCAAUGACCUUCCUCCAAAAAUCAUUCAAGACUAUUAUUGUGACCUGUCUGAGUUGCAGAAAACUCUCUAUGAUGACUUCGCCAAAUCAAAAGCCGGUACUUCCGCGGAGAGCACUGUUAGCGCUCAGAACAGUGGAUCUGAGCCCGCUCAGCAACAUAUCUUCCAGUCCCUGCAAUACCUGCGGAAGUUAUGCAAUCAUCCUGCUCUUGUCCUCAAAGAUAACAAAGAGGUUAUUGAUUCAGUAUUCAGUCAAAUUGGGGUUCCACAUGGUUCCAGUGAUCUUAAAGAUAUAACACAUGCACCCAAACUUUUAGCAUUAAGACAACUGCUGGUGGAUUGCGGCAUUGGAAGCGCCCCGACCAUUAAUACAGAUAAUCAGAAAACUGAACUCAUCGAUACGAGCUCCGAAAAUCAGAGCUCUUUUUCUCAACAUCGGGUUCUCAUAUUUUGUCAAAUGAAGCAAAUGCUCGAUAUUAUUGAAGCGGACUUGUUCAAGGCUCAUAUGCCAUCAGUAACAUAUAUGCGGCUAGAUGGAAGCACCGACGCGAGUAAACGCCAUGCAAUAGUGCAAACUUUCAACUCAGACCCAAGUAUCGAUUGCCUACUUUUAACUACCCAUGUUGGGGGUUUGGGAUUGACUUUGACCGGAGCGGAUACUGUCAUCUUCGUUGAGCACGAUUGGAAUCCAAUGAAAGAUCUACAAGCCAUGGAUCGAGCACACAGAAUAGGUCAGAAAAAGGUGGUCAAUGUUUACCGAUUGAUUACCAAAGGCACCCUUGAAGAAAAGAUCAUGGGAUUGCAACGAUUUAAACUUAAUAUAGCAAAUUCUGUUGUCACCCAGCAAAAUUCGCAAUUGGCGUCAAUGGACACCGAUCUCGUUUUAGAUCUGUUCCGUCGCACCAGUGAAGAGGAAGAUGCAAUCGCCGCUGCGAAGGCCAAGGCCAAAGAACAGUCUGGCCCGGCUACACAAAAGAGUAUAUUGCAGGGUCUGGAGGACCUUCCAGCAGAGGACGAGUACGAAGGUUUAGAUCUGUCAAGUUUCAUGGGUUCCCUUGGUCGUUGA